AUGUCCUGCCCUCACAGGCCUAUUUCACAAGCUCCUCCAGGAAUAUGGACACCUUUUAUGUCGCAUUACGCAUCGCUUUGGUAUUUUAUCUCAUCACCCCUGGAACAUCAACUUGUCCGAUCGGUUGCUCCUGCACAGAUGAAAACUUGGGAAUGUCUUUACUAUGUAUGGAAACCUCCAUGGGACGAAUCCCAGAGGACAUCCCACAUGAUUUCACUAAAAUCCAAAUUGAAAACUGCCACCUGACCGAGUUACCUCAAGGAUCUUUUUCUAAAGUUUGUUCCUUGGAGUUCCUCUGGCUGAAUUUCAAUGAGAUCACCCUAAUGAACAUCAAAAGCCUGGAGGGGCUGGCCAACCUGACUGAGCUCAGACUACAAGGGAACAAGCUGACUUCAGUACCAUGGACGGCGUUUCAGGACACACCGAAACUGAAGAUUUUGGACCUGAAGCACAAUCGACUGGACGUCCUGCCUGAACACGCUCUGAGACACUUACCCACACUGACCUACUUAGAUUUAUCUUUAAAUCAGCUUAGUGUCAUAUCAAAAGAUGUCUUCAUUAAUUGGCCUCUUUAUCGUACAGCAGAGAAAGUGUGGGGGAAAGAAGGGCUGGUCUCCAAUGUGGUUCUGGCGCUGCAUGACAACCCCUGGUUGUGCGAUUGUCGCCUUAAAGGCUUUGUUGAAUUCAUCAGGGUGGUCAGCCCUCCCAUCAUUCUGAUGAACUCUUAUUUGAUGUGCUCGGGCCCUGCCUCCAAAGCUGGCAAGUUUUUCCACGAGAUCCAGUUAAAAACAUGCAUGAAGCCGGUGGCCUCUGCCCUGGAGACUGACUUCACUUUACCUCUCGGAGCAAAUGUAACACUCACAUGCUUAGUCAAGGCCAGGCCAGGCCCGACCAUACAGUGGAUGUACAGUCUGAAGAUUAUAAGAGGAUUUGCUGCUAAACAGACUCACAUAGACGACGAGACCGCCUCCUCCCAGCUGGUGAUCCUCUCUCUUCAGCUGGCAGACCGAGGACUCUACACCUGCAUGGCCAACAACUCCAUUGGCAACUCUUCUGUCAGCAUCACGGUUAACAUCAGCUCCUCCAAUUCCUCUGUUCCUCUCCUUCCACCUGUCCCCAUGUUGUUGUCUGAUAAGAAUACCUACAUUGACAUCCGCAUAGCCAAGCAGACAGUUUACGGUAUCACCCUUGAGUGGUACGCAGCAACGGCCAACCCAGCAGAAUCCUGGUUCACCAUCCACUUUGGCAAAUAUGAUUCACCCAAAAAGGAGAUGAUCUACAUCGGCCCUGGCAUCAACAGCUACUCCGUCAGCGACCUGCUUCCUGUCACUAAAUAUGAGGUGUGUGUGACCCUGAAGAACCAUCCGCCGAGGGAGGGCCAGUGCAUCGUUUUCGUGACGGGAAGUGACAUCAGUGAGCUGGAGCAAAGAGAGAGGCUCAUCCACAUUGUUGUCAUUGUGUGCGCCAUGGUGCUGGCAGUGCCGGCCGGCAUGUACGCCUGCACCACGGAGGCCAGGUUCAGCUGCGUGGAUCGCUGCGUGGAUCUGUGCAAGAAGCGCUGGCUGCACGGAGAGAACCUGCAGGGGAUGGAGAGGCAGGGCACCUUCGACAGCCUGCAGGCGGCCAGCGAUGAAGGCCUGUGUGGGGUCUCAGAGGAAAAGCCAAAAAAGAGGCGGAAGUCUGAGGAUAGGUGCAAAGGAGGAAGUGCAGCUCAUAUGUACUAGCAUCAAAGUCAAGAAAUGUACUUACAUGUGUAUUUGUAAAUAAUGACAGUUUUGAGCGUAGCCCCAGUUUGUGCUUGUGCUCAUGUAUUAUAAUUACAUUUGAGUCACAGUGCUACAGUAAGCAUCUGAUUUUCUGAAAAAUAAAAACUUUGAAAAACUGAGGGUCGUUUCAAAAUUUACCACUGUUAUGAAGCUAUUUCCAGAAUCCAAAAAAGACUCAUCCAACCAUCUGGAUGAAAAAAUAUUCUGUCUACUGCACGCUGAAAAAGAUUUUUAACCUGUUUCCCAAGACUCUUUCUUAUCCAGGAAGCCGGCAAUUACAUAUCUCCUUGCUGUUUUUGUACUACAAGAGUAGAAUAUUAUCACAUUAUUUUGUUUGAAAAUAUAAAAUAAUGGAAAGUAAAAUCAAUACAGACAAAUACAAGUGAUAGUAAAAAAAAAAAUAUUUUGGUUCACUGUACAACUUGUACAAGGGCAUAUGUCAUUUCUGGCUUUGUUUGGAUUAGGAAAGAGUCGUGGAACUGUGGAAACCAGCAAAAAAAAAAACUUUAUUGUACAGCAAACACAAUAUUCUGUCAUCCAGAUGGUCAGAAGAGUCUCUGAGGAUUCUGGAAAUACCUUCAGAACAAAUUCAAGUUUUGUUAAAUGAUCUUCUAGGUUUUGUAAAAGAUAGCAUUUAAUACUAAUACAUGAGAAGCACAAACUGGUGCUAUUUUGAGUAUAUAGUCAUCUUGUAAAUAUAUAUAUCAUGCUAUCAGCUGGAGAUGCCUUUCUUCCUAAUAUAAGGAGAGUUUGUUAUUACCUGUGUUAAUAUAACACAAAAAGUUCACAAACAAAAAAAGUUUAUGCUAAAAUGCAUUUGAUAUUUCUUUGGGUCCGUUUUUGGAUCUGUUUUGAUACUGAAUGCAAAAACAUACAAUCCUAAAUUUGAAAAAUGUGUAUUACAUAAUAUACUUUGUAUAUUUCUUUAUUAUUAACUUCACCAAACUAAAUUGUAAUCGAGAGGAUUGUGUGUUGGUUCAUGAUUUAGGAAUUUUAAUCCUCUUUAUGUUGAAAAAAUACGUAUUUUUUUUAUUGUCUUUCUUUUUACAGACUCCAGAUUUGCUGUCUUGUAAUGGGAUGAAAUGAUGUUUGAUGUGGAUUAAAGGGAAGUCAAAGACGAA